UUAUGUCAGCUGGGAUUGGCACCAGUGCCCCCCCACGGAGAUGAAUGGAUGAAUGGAUAUUUCUACAUUUGAGAGGCAGAAUCCAGAAGGAUAAAGGAAUGAGGAUGAGUAUAAAAGAAUGAGGGAGAACUUUGAACUGUGAUUGGGAGACUGAGGAGACGAUGAAGCAGUUUGGGGAGAGAACUUUGACCUAAUAGCAUAUUUAAAAUAUAUUCCACCUGUUAUUAAACCCUGGACCUCAGGGUGGCCCUCACAAAAUAUCAGGCCAUGUUGACGUGGUAUUUCCAAAUAAAAGCCCUCUGAAAUGGCAGAAUUGACCUAUAUUCUAACUAAAUUUAGACAAUUAUAAAAGGGAAACUACCUGUUUCCACAAGCAAAUUCCACUUCAUAGUAGACCCCCUCAGUCCACUACUACUGAACACACCGCGUUCCAAAUUGUUAUGCAAGUGAUAUUUUUCUCUAAUUUUUCAAAAUAGUCGAUGCAAAUGACAGUCAGCAUUAUUUUCAAGUCAUGAAUCGUUAGAGUAUAAUUUGAAUGUUAUUGAACAAACCUUCCAAUGAUAACAGUAUUUUUUUCAAAAAUCAAAAACUUAAAAUGCACUGAUUCCAAAUUAUUAUGCACAACAGAGUUUUAAAACAUUUUAUAGGUUGUAAAGAACUGAAAAUGGUCAUUUGUUGAAUUUGCAGCAUUAGGAGAUCAUAUUUAUUGAAAUCAAAAGCUACUCAAUCAAAAACAUCUUAACAGGUCAUGUUACAUUUUAACAUAGGACCCCUUAUUUGAUAGCAGCUUCACAAUACUUGCAUCAAUUGAACUUAUGAGUUUUUGGAGAGUUUCUGCUUGAAUUUCUUUGCAGAAUGUCAAUAUAGCCUCCCAGAGCUGCUGUUUGGAUGUGAACUGCCUCCCACCCUCAUAGAUCUUUUGCUUGAGGAUGCUCCAACAGUUCCCAAUAGGGUUGAGGUCAGCGGAGGAUGGGGGCCACACCAUGAGUUUCUCUCCUUUUAUGCCCAUAGCAGCCAAUGAUGCAGAGGUAUUCCUUGCAGCAUGACAUGGUGCAUUGUCAUGCAUGAAGAUGAUUUUGUUACGGAAAGCACGGUUCUUCUUUUUGUACCAUGGAAGAAAGUGGUCAGUCAGAAACUCCACAUACUUUUCAGAGGUCAUUUUCACACCUUCAGGGACCCUUAAGGGGCCGACCAGCUCUCUCCCCAUGAUUCUGGCCCAAAACCGCCACCUCCUUGCUGACGUUGCACCCUUGUUGGGACAUGGUGGCCGUCCACCAACCAUCCACUACUCCAUCCAUCUGGACCAUCCAGGGUUGCACGGCACUCAUCAGUGAACAAGUUUGAAAAUUAGUCUUCAUGUAUUUCUGGGCCCACUGCAGCCGUUUCUGCUUGUGAGCAUUGUUUAGGGGUGGCCGAAUAGAAGGUUUACGCAUAACGGCAAGCCUCUGGAGGAUCCUACACCUUGAUAUUUGUGGGAUUCCAGAGGCACCAGCAGCUUCAAAUACCUGUUUGCUGCUUCGAAAUGGCAUUUUAGAAGCUGCUCUCUUAAUCCAAUGUAUUUGUAUGGCAGAAACCUCCCUCAUUGUGCCUUUAUCUGCACGAACCCAUGUGCUCCGAAUCAGCCACAAAUCUCUUAACAGUACGAUGAUCACGCUUAAGUUUUUAUGAAAUAUCUAAGGUUUUCAUACCUUGUCCAAGGCAUUCAACUAUUUCAUGCUUUUCAGCAGCAGAGAGAUCCUUUUUUUUUGUCCUUCUUUAGUAGUUUUUCCUUUAAUUGGGCUAAUCUGGCAAACUCAUUAUCACAGGUGUCUGAGACUGAUUCCAGUGAUCCAAAGAUUGUGAUUGUGAGACACAACACCAUCCAUGAUUUUAAUUGAAAAACAAAAUGUGUUAUCUUUAUGACACAAAUACAAUUUGCAUAAUGAUUUGGAACGCAGUGUAAUUGCCACCAUGUAUCUGGUUUCGUCUUAGGUUUGCACGUCCAGAAGAUGGCAGCAGCGUUGUCAACCUGUGAAAAGCCAGAAGUGAAAAAAUGUGUUUGAGUUAAAUGGAACAUUUUGUUGCAUUUUUUUACACGUUUACAUAUAUUAUAAUAAAGGUAUUCAACCACUCAAUAAUUAUUUUCAUGAAUACUAAUACUAAUAUUCUUUUAUAUAUAAAAAAUGCAUUUAGAAAAAAAGUAUGAAUAAUGUAAAAAAAAUCAACAUUUGAUUAAAUUCUGUAGUAUACAUUUUAUAUUAUGUAUUUAAUAAUAAAAAAAAAAAUGUGUGUGUCCAUGCAUGCGUGUGUGCGUCUAUGUCAACAGUGUUUUGGUGAAGGCGGAAGUGAGACGAGGACUUCCCUCUGGACAAUUAUUCAUUCCUCUGGGAGACAGAGUGAGAGGACUGCAGACAUGUCUACAGCCUACAGAAACAGAAUACAGGAGUUCAAAGUGGCCUUGAGUGAAGAAAACAUAAACCUGAAGGCACUAAGGGAGUUAUGCUUCAAUGGAAUCCCAUUUGAAGGCGGCAUACGAGCACUUUGCUGGAAGAUUCUUCUCAAUUACCUCCCUGACGAUCAGACACUAUGGGAGUCGUUCCUCAAGAAGCAGAGGGACGUAUACUCGCAGUUCUUGAAGGAAAUGAUCAUACAGCCUGGUAUCGCCAAAGCCAACCUGGGCCUUUCCAGAGAAGACGUGACCAUGGAGGACCAUCCUUUAAAUCCAAACCCAGACAGUCGAUGGAAUAACUACUUUAAAGAUAAUGAGAUUCUGCUGCAGAUCGACAAGGACGUGAGGCGACUGUACCCAGACAUGGCGUUCUUCCAGCGUCCCACUGACUAUCCCUGCCAGCUCAUCCUGGAUCCUCAGAACGACUACGAGACACUGCGGCGACGCGUCGAGCAGACGACGCUGAAGGCUCAGACUGUGAACCGUAACCGCAGCGGAGUCACCAACGUCAGUUCACCUGGAAAGUCCCUGAACCUGUAUCCAUCCAACGAGUAUGAGGUGCUGCCCAACGGCAGUGAAGCUCAUUGGGAGGUUGUGGAGCGCAUCCUCUUCAUCUACGCCAAACUCAACCCGGGCAUCGCCUACGUGCAAGGCAUGAAUGAGAUCGUCGGGCCGAUCUACUACACGUUCGCCACAGACCCCAACAGUCAGUGGAAAGAGCACGCUGAGGCCGAUACGUUCUUCUGCUUCACCAACCUGAUGUCGGAGAACAGGGACAACUUCAUCAAGAGCCUGGACGACUCUCAGUGUGGCAUCACGUACAAGAUGGAGAGUGUGUACUCGAUGCUCAAGGGCAAAGACCUGGAGCUCUUCAUGAAGCUGGAAGAGCAGAACAUCAAACCCCAGUACUUCACAUUCCGCUGGUUGACGUUGUUGUUGUCUCAGGAGUUCCUGCUGCCGGACGUCAUCCGCAUCUGGGACACGCUGUUCUCCGACGAGGGUCGAUUCCACUUCCUCAUCGUGGUCUGCUGUGCCAUGCUCAUACUCAUCAGAGAGAACUUACUGGCCGGAGACUUCACCGUCAACAUGAGGUUACUGCAGGAUUAUCCGAUCUCGGAUGUCCACACGAUCCUGACCAAGGCCAAAGAUAUGCAGGACAACGCUUAACCUGUCGUCCCCUCCUCCUCCUCCUCCUCCCUGUGCACGGGUGUGGUAGGUGGAGCUCCAACGUUACAAACUGUAUCACGUGUGACAUGUUUUUGUGUGGGCUGGGCCCGGCCUCGUGUGUUUGUAAAAAUCAGCACCCUGCCUUCUGAACUGGAUAAGUGAUGUGUGACCAGUGGGGGGCGCUGUGGACGUGCCGAAACUAUCGCUUCCUCAGAAGUUGGAGAAGAAGUAGGAGGAGGCGAUACCACUUGCUUCUUGAUGCAUUAUGCGAUAUAGACUGACCUGGGAUAAGCAGCGGCCGUGCUCUCAUGGCCACCGCGUUGCCCUGACGGUGGCCGACGGUUGAACGGAAAGACCCACUGCGAUCAGGCAUGUUUUCCAGGCGAGUGGUUCAGUGGGCGGAGCGACAGCGCAUGUUUGUUUUUAAACCUUUUUAAUGUCAGAAAUUCUAUGUUUGCCUUAUCAUGAUCAGUUUCAACCACGUGGCGCGAAGUGAUGGGCGGGGCCUAAUGCAGACGUAAAACGGGGUCAGUGGCGGUGAACAAAGACGCCAAAGCUUCCUCCCACUGUAUGGAAAAUUUAAGCUAAGAUAUCUCGCACUCUGGUGCUGCCAUGCUGUAAUUGUCAUGUGAAUGGGCGGGGCCUAUGAUUAUACUGCAGCCAGCCACCAGGGGGUAAUACGGAUGUUUUACUAUCUUGAUCAACAGUUAUUGAUUUGAAAGAUUUUGUCAACUGGAAAUAUAGACACAGUUUGCUUUGACAGUAUAACAUGUGCGAUUAAAUGGUGGUGUUUGUCACAAUGAACAUAAAAAUAAUAACUUAAUAUUCGCAAAGUUUUUCCGUCAACCUGGGUUUUUCAGAGACAACAGGAAAUGUUUCAAAAGUUUUCCCGUUCAUAUUUAAAGAACACAUUCGGAGAUCGUCUCAUCGUACAUGUUUAUAACAGCAGGAGAACGAGCGUUUAAAAUCAAACAAACAAACAAACAGAUGAGGGGGCGGAGCCUGGGUCAAGCUGCAGGAGGCGGGACAUUUGCUUGCUGUGAUUUAUGCAGAGCUUUUCCUGCUGACAUUUUGUCUUGAGGGGCUUUUAUGGAUAUUUACGUUCUUACUGGGGUCACAACUAAUUAUUCUUUACAUUAUUCAUUAUUUUCUUGAUCAGUUGAUCUGUUCAUUGGCGUUUCCUUAACCUGAAAAAAUGUGUGUUCUUCAAAUGUUGGGGGGUUUUUUUUGGAAAGAGGAGCAAAGAAACCAGAAAAUAACCUCAUUUAAGGAAGCUGAGAAAUCGCAAAAUGUAUUUCAAAACAAAUCGUACAGAUAAGUCGAUCAUCAAAAUAGAUGGCGACCAGUGCUGGAUUUCAUUUACAGCCUCUCAAGACUGAAGUGUGUGGGUUUUUACAUUAUUUUUUUCUGGCUCAUACAUUUAGCCAAUUUUCUUCCAACUGAUAAAAUACAACUGUUUAAAGAUAACAAAUAAUACAAAAAAAUGCUUAACUUCAGUAACCAGUUAAUGAACAACACUAAUGGUUUGUCACGUUAUGUCUCUGCAGUAUUUUAUGAAAUACAUGAAAUGGGUCAAGUAGCUUUUGCAAGGAAAAUAAAGCUUAAGUCAAGUUUCUGAGAACAAAAAUGUGUAUUUUUUAAAAUAAUUGGCAAAUGAUAUUUAUUAAAAAAUGACAAACAUUGGCCUGAUUAAUCAGUCUACCUCUACCCUGUGGUUAAAUGUCAUUUAAUUUUUCCUGCUUCGACCCACUUACAUUACAUCAGUCUUCAGACAGGUCAUCCUUUUAUGUUCAGUGUGAAACGGACAAACAAGUUUUUUUACUUUAUUGUUUUAUGUCUGUGGCAGAUUCAAAUAUCUGUGAACACUGUUAUAAAAAAGCAGUGCGUAACACGGCAUUAAUGGAGAUCAGUGUGAUGUUCUAAAGGCUAAAACUACUCUCCAAGUCCUUGAAUCUAUGUUCAUAUGAAGGUCUAUCUCUUUUUUUCUUCUUCUCUGUUCAUAUGUGACGAGUCUCUUCUCCACAUGAAUAUGAAGCAGGAAGUCACAGUAACUGUCAGAUCAUGGGACCAGAACAGUUUGAGCCAACCUUUCCCGGUAAACUGAAGUAUUUCUCUAAUGUACAACCUUUUAAAUUCAACCGUUUUUUCUAAAAAAAACUGUCUCACAGUCAAAUCUUACUCCACUAUUGACUAUAAGCACGGUCUGGUUUACAAUAAGUCAGCCCGAAUAUUUAUAUAUAAUUUAGCAGAGGCUAAAGAGGCUGAUGAUGUCUCAUGAUGCUGGAAAUUGAUGAAAACUUAAUUUUAAGGGUUACUACUCAAACAACCACUUAAAAAAACACUUGGUAAACAUUUUCGAUCAAUAUCAGAAGUUACCUUUUUAAAAGCCCAUAUUUUUAGCAGAAGUUGUAAGUGACGCUCCCCGGCUUAUGCAGUAGCUGGUGUUUGACCAGAGAGGGCAGUAGAUAGACCAUUUUUCUUUGGUUAUAUAAUUUCAACACUUUACACUAAAACUGUGAAGAUAUGCACCUGGAUCAACUAAUAACAUUAACUAGACACACAUAUAUGCUAGUCUUCAUCUGGAAAAACAGUGGUUUAGGGGUUUUAAAAAACUCUUAAAAGAAUAACACAUGUAUUUAAACUUGAACCAAACUUGACCAAGUGUUUCCAGAACUUUCUAUAUUAAAGACGGCAAACAAUUUUAACGACUCAUUUACAAUGUAUGGUAAAUUUAUUUCAAUGUCAAAGGUUGGGAAAAUUUGUUGAUGCAAAUUUGUUUGAUGUCCCGUGACCCAUCUGUGGGCCGUGACCCAGUCUUUGAGAACCACUGGAUUUUCCUCUUAUUUUCAGACUCACUUUUAUAUUUUAUUAUUUUGUUUUCUGACUUUGUGCUCAUUUGUUUUGGCUUAAUUGCGUCCUCCAGAAGACAAAGAGGUGAUGUUUGAGAUGAUUGAAGAGUGAACAAGUCGAGUCCAGAGGCCUGAAACAUUAAGUACAUUCCCCAGCAUGAUGGAAUUAACAAAAGUAUUUCAUCGACAGCAGCUUUAUUUAAAAAAAAUCAAGCCAUGAUGUGCAAGGAUUUGACUGAUUUUUAUUGUGAAAUGGAAAAAUGUGACAAUGAUAAUGUCCAGAGUUACAAACAACAUUUGAAAAUAAUUUGUGAAUCAUCCACAAAAAAGGUUUGAGUUAAACUGAGGGAUUACUAAUUAACGAUUAUCUCCUUACUCCUCUCUAGAAUGUGUAUUUAUUUCUAUCCUGAUGGCUGUGUGUGUGUAUGGGUGUGUGGGUGUGUGUGUGAGACUAUACUCUUGUUAUAUUAUAUUGUCAUGUUAUUUGCAUGGUUCCAGUUUUGUAAGCACAUUUUUUUUGUAUCGUCUCCAGUGUUAAGACUUGUGUGUGUAUAUGUAUAUGUAUAUAUAUAUAUAUAUAUAUAUAUAUACAUACAUACAUAUAUGUAUAUGUUUUUACAGACGUGCAUUAAAAUGAAUGAUCGUCUUUAACUGCGA